AUGUGUGAUACGGUUGUUGGUGACAGGUCAAGUAUCACAGAAAUAUCUGCUGAUGAUCCGACAAUUCCAUCAUCCCUUACUUCAAGAUAUACAUUGAAUAAGAUCAAGAAAGCCGAUCGACUACUGGUUGUGUCAUCAUACACGAUCAAAGUCCUUAUUCUCACUAUAAUACAAACAGUAAUCCUUUCAGUCAUUGUUAUCAUCUCAUCUACAUU